ACUGGAAGUAUUUUGUUCAUGUUUAUUCGGGUCCAGUUGCUUCCAUUGUACAGUCCUCCUGAAGAUUCAACAUGUCGACCACUGACCACGUGCCUGCGUUGCGCGAGAAAAUCUCCGGAUGGUUGAAUAAAUUUGACGAUAAAACUAAAAAUGUACAAAUGGAAGACCUGAAAGUUUUAGUAGAGUUACUUGGGUUUUCUGUGAAAGUUGAUACAAAAACUUUGGUGAUAUCAACUACUGGACAAGAUAACGCUACAGAAUUAAAUGAUGUAAAAGUAUUGCAUGAAACAUCCGAUAUGAACAAAUUAAAGGAAAUUAAGGAACCAAUGUCUCCGAAGCCCUCAGAAAUCAACGUCAGCAUGAUGAACGUCUCAACUUCAAACCAUAACAAACCCAAGAAAUUUUCUGAUACUCUUUUGAAAAUAAUUAACUUAGCUAAAGACGCCCUGGACAACGAGGUUAAUUCAACAUUUACAAAGGCUGCUUAUCGCCACAGUCAAUUUUCUGGUAUUAAAAUUAGCCCAGUGUUACGAAACACCAGUCGAACUCAUCCAGGAAAUGAUCUUAAUGUGACCAAAACAAAAGAAAAUCCUAGUGUACUAAAACCCACGCCGAGGAAGAGAAGAGGAGCUGUGAUUGUCAAACCUGAUGAAAAGGAGAACAAGAAAACAAGCAGUUCAAAUGUCUCCGUUACGUUUAGGAAGAAUGUUCUUCAACCUGUGCAGUCAAAUUUGAAAUCAUUGACAUCUAAACUAAGAACUCCCACACAGAUUAAACCAUCCCCUAGUUCCCUUGCAACACGUUCUGCUGGUGCACCCCCGUCUAGAAUAGCUGUUCUAUCAGAAAGAAGAAUGUCCACAACUCCACUUCGGGGAGAUUCAUUUGGUUUCUCAAGACUGAAAUAUGCAUCAAGCAUAAGGAAGUAGGGGCCAUCACUGUAAAUAAGGCAUUUUAAUGUAUAAUUUUAUUCUAGACCUGAAAACAAACAAUUUUAUUCGUUUCUGAAUGUAAUUAAUAAUCAAAUAUACAUUUAAACAUAA